GUGGACUGGGAAUACUGAACUUCAUACGCAACCUUUGCCAAGAGAAAGCUUUUAUUCUAAACCUUUUUAAAGAUGGGAUUUCUGGCACCCAGUUUUUCUUUUCUUUAAGAGAGUCUGUUUUGAAAUGCACAUAUAGCAUACGAACUUGGUGCUCAUAAGAACUUGAUGGAUGAUGCUUGAGGAAUUGCUAAACCUGUCUAAUCAGCGUGCCAUGGUCACAUUUGCUUUAAUUGGUGGGCUGGCAUCCAACCAGAGGCUGUCUUACAGGAAUAUCACAAAAUCAACCCUGGUCCUGGUGCUGGCACUAUUGAACAGUAAACAGGUCAUGGGGUCUCUGCUAGAUGAUACGAUAAGGAAGUGGUUGGAUUAUAAGGUAAAUUGUACGAACACAUUAACACCCAAAAACGUCAACAGAUCUGCGGUGUACUGCAGCGCAUCAUUUGACCAGUUUGCCUGCUGGCCCGAAUCCCCUCCUGGAAACGUGUCAGUGCCUUGCCCUCAUUACCUGCCCUGGAUAAAGGAAGGGGGUUCUAGUCAUCUGUACAGAUACUGCACUGAUAAUGGGACCUGGCUUACAGUUGAAAACUCAACAGAUAUCUGGAGGGAUCACUCUGAAUGCUCUGAACACAACCAUCACUUCAAACAACAGGAAACCGAGCAUGCACUUCUUUCAGUUCUCCAGUUUGUCUAUACCAUAGGAUACUCCUUGUCACUUUUCUCACUCUUGCUGGCUGUUCUCAUUUUACUGUUAUUGAGGAAACUUCAUUGCACCAGAAACUACAUCCACAUGAAUUUGUUUGCUUCCUUUAUGUUUCGUGCUGUGUCAGUUCUUGUCAAAGACGUAAUUCUUCACAUUGCCUACGCUAAGAGACCCACAGACGAAACAGGAUGGAUAUUCUAUUUUAAUUCAGAGAUUUCUGCAGCCUGCAUAAUCACUCAAGUUUCUAUGCACUAUUUUGCUGGAGCCAAUAUCUUCUGGCUACUAGUUGAAGGAAUCUACCUCCAUUCUUUACUUUUUACUGCUGUUCUGUCAGAAAGAAGAUUGUUAAAGAAAUAUAUGUUCAUAGGCUGGGGGACUCCAGUUCUGUAUGUUGUUCCAUGGACAGUGACAAAAGCUAUCUAUGAAAAUAAAGGGUGUUGGGGUACAAACAUAAACAUGGGAUAUUGGUGGAUUAUCAGAGUACCAAUGAUAUUUUCCAUUACAGCAAAUUUUUACAUUUUUGUUAAAAUACUAAAAUUGUUGUUCUCAAAGCUGAAAGCAGAGCAAAUGCAAUGCAGUGAUUACAAAUACAGAUUAGCAAGAGCCACCUUGGUCUUAAUCCCGUUGCUGGGGAUCCACGGGUUUGUGUUUGCAUUUUUUACUGAUGAGCAGGUGGAAGGUCAAUCACGGUACAUAAGACUCUUCAGCGAGCUAACUAUAAGUUCCUUCCAGGGUUUCCUGGUAGCUCUGUUGUACUGCUUUUCCAAUGGAGAGGUGCAAGCAGAACUUAAAAAGAGAUGGAGACUGUUUCUUUUCUCCAAUCACUUUGAACAUGCUGCUGACUGCAUACUAGGGAAGCAUUUCAAGUACCUUGGGAAAUACUCUAAAAGGCGCACAAAUCGUUAUUUCCACCAAAAUAAGUUUUGCAGAGAUGGAAAGAGACCUUCAAGCAUGCAGUUCCUGCAGGUGGCACUUAGAUCAGAUGCGGUGGAGUAUUUCAUAAGGGGAAGUGUGUCCAGCUCUGAAGGAGAAGGAACUCUGGGUGAAACACUCGAAGAAAUACUCGAAGAAAGCCAGAUUUAAGUAGGACCUGGUGGCAAGCAGCCACUUUGACAAUGACUGUAAAUAUAUUAAUAAUCUAUUAUUGACUAUUAAACAAUUAACAUGUGUACAUAUUUAUAAUUACUUUGUAAUAUCUUAUUGAACUUAAUUAUCACAGAUCUCUGUGUGGCUCAAGAAAUAUACUGUAUAGCUAUGCACAAUAGGACAUUAUAAACAUGUUUUUUAAUUAAUGCAAAACAAAUCCAGCACUAUUUUUGUAUGGAAAAUAAAUAAAUAAAGGCACUUUUUUCAUAUUUGUUUACUACAUGUACAAGAUACACAUACAAAAAAAUCACAUCUAGUAAAAUCUACAAUAGUUAAGAAAGAGUCUUCACUUAGCAGCUGUGUAGCUUUGUUCCAUCUAUUGCCUUUGCGUGAUUUGACUGCUACCUCUCUGGGGCUGUAUUCACAAAGCUGUCUUAAGUCUGGUCAUAAGUUGUCAAUAAUGACACUGUCAUUAUGAAAUUGUGGUCUUAAGUAUGGUUCUUAACUUUAAAACUACCCAGGAGUAGGCUUAAGUAUUAAUUUGCUAUUAACCACAGCUAUUUUUAACUAACAUGACUCGACAGAAGAUACUGUACGAUUUAUUUGAAGAUCACCCAGAUGUGGGAAAAUUGCCCUACAUGUGUUUUUGUAGACAGGGAAAAACCCUUUGGAAGUUUUUACCAAGACUUCCUUUUUCUGUCAGUCAUUUUUUUUUUCAUCUACAGGGAUAAACAAACAGAUGAAUUUUUCAUUUAAAAA